CCUUUUGUUACUGGUACGAUCCGUGUCGGAAAAAAAUGGCGAACUCGUAGCAGCAGUGGACGCCGCUUGGGUGUGAAGGUGAAGACGGCAGACGGCAGACGGUGUUGUCUCCUCGGACCCGGGCUUUUGACCCUCGGAGGGACGGGAGCGUCAGGAGAGAGCUGAGCGUGGAGCCUCGGGGAACCAGUCGUCGGACAUGAACGGGGAAUCAAUAUGCAAUCAACAUUGUGUCACCGUUCCAAGUUGCCCUCUGCCCACGUUUCCGGUCCACAAUGACAAUAUGGCGCAGGAGGGAAGCUGUCGUUCCCUAUGUUGCCAGAGGAACGAUAUCCAAAGGCAGGGAGAAGGCCGGAUAGCAAAUGGUAUCGUCUCGAUGACCAAAGAUUGCAAGUCUUCAGACGCAGCAAGGCAGCCUUCCUCUUGCUGGUCGGACAAGUGCGCAUCUCCUCGACACUUACAAUGUCGCCUUCAGCCUGGCGCCGAGCGGCCCUCGCAGCUCGCUCCCGACAGGCCUCCGACUCCUUUGCACAGCAGCAACCGAAGCUCCGCCGUGCCCCGGCGCCACCAGCAGAAGAGAGCCACACCCAAAACUGCCGGAGGGAAAAAUUCGCAGAACCGAAAAGUUACCGACUUCUUUCCAAUAAGGCGCAGCUCACGAAAAAGUAAAACGGAGCUCAAGUGUGAACAGAAGCACCUCAUUGACCACCUCAUCACAAACGGCAUAGAGGAAGGAAUGCAGGUGCGGCACAUGGAGGAAAAAGGCCGAGCGGUGUUUGCCGCACGACGCUUCCGGAAAGGCGAGUACGUGGUGGAGUACCACGGUGAUCUCUUGGAGAUGGCAGAUGCCAAAAAGCGAGAGGCCGAGUACGCCCAGAACCCGGAGACGGGCUGCUACAUGUACUAUUUUCAGUACCUCUGCAAAGCAUACUGCGUGGACGCCACCAAAGAGACCAAUCGUCUGGGGCGUCUGAUCAAUCACAGCAAGGGUGGCAACCUGCAAACCAAACUGCACGACAUAGACGGCGCACCGCAUCUCAUCCUGGUGGCGUCACGGGAUAUCGAGGAGGGCGAGGAGCUGCUCUACGACUACGGCGACCGGAGCAAGGCGUCCAUCGCCGCGCACCCAUGGCUCAAACAUUAACGGCGAGGAGGUCUUUGAUUUAGAAACACAGAAGGUCUCCUGCAAAGGUUCAUCCUAAAAUUUCACUUAUGGGGAGGAUUUAUUCUGGUGUGCUUCUUGUUUUUGUUUUUUUUGAACGGGAGGCACAUUUUGUGGUGACGACACACUUGGGCAUGCUUCUACAAGUUGGCGUUUUUUUCUUUUUUAAUAUUUCCCUCCCCCCAAAUUUGCGCGCACAUUUUUAAAGAACAUUGGAUUCAGUGUAGAAGAUUCUCCAUCAUUGUUAAAUUUUGGGCACUUGUAUUUUCUGCUUUUUUUUUUAACACUUCAAUGAAUGCCAAGCACAUUGUAUAGUCUCCUGCAUUCUUUUAAAAUAUAUUUUUAGCAAAAAUAGCUUCUUUUUUUAGUUAACUAGCUGGGGCAGCGGUAUAGUCCUCAUUUGGGCAGGCCACACGGACAAUAAAAUAAAUCAGUUGAAAUACCAGGAAAAUGUUACAAUGUCAUGAGUGUGUAUAUAUAAAGUGGCGUCAACAAGUCUGGCUAAAAAUAUGGCUCAACAAUAAGUUUUAUUAUUGGAAAAGAAUUCCGCCAGUCUUAGUGCUAAGCUAAAUCUGCUUGGCGUAGACUUGCCGAUUUAACUGCUAAACAGAGGUAGUCUAGGUAGUGGUGUUAUUUCUAUACGCAGUGGAAGGAUUGUGUAAAAAAAUAUAUGAAUUUGAAAAACAUCUUUUCCAACAUAUUCAGUAUAUUAUUUGAAUUUUUGGAUUCAUUUAAAAAGCAACAAGUUUCCUGUUAGCAUCACAUGGCUCUUUUUUUUAUUCUUUUUUUUUUUCAUUAACUUAUUGCAAUAAUAUCUGCCAUUUUAGGAAAUAAGAGGUGCUAUGGCAUCCAAUAAAUCUUAAUGCUGGCCUUCAGGAAUAAAGUUGUCUUAUGCAAAUAACA